AAACAUUGUGUUUCCUUUCUUCUCUUUUCAGCAUGGAAUAAACCUUUACUUGUUCCUUUGCAGCCUAUGCUGACGCAGCUGCCUACUUGAGCUAUUUACACAGCUCCGACCGGGCUGCGGCUCCGCUACAGACCUGUUGUUUCCUCCUCCUCCUCUCCCCUCCCCGAACAGGGGCUGGACAGGUAUGCGGGCUGCCUCGCCACUCCCUGGACAGGAGGCUCCACGCCCCGCUUGCCACCAGCGAGCGCAACCCGCAGACAGCGGGUCAGAGUGCGCCUGAGCUUGAAAGCACUAACACCGGUGGCGCGUACAUUACACUGCACUGCCGAUGACCCGGAAAUUUCCUCUUUCCUGUUAAGAGACCAGAAGACACCGAAUCCAAAAUGGAGAGUAAAGAUGAGACGAGUGACACGGACAGUGGGAUCAUUCUGCAGUCUGGUCCAGACAGCCCCUCUACACCCAUGAAGGACCUGAGCACCCACACCAGAGCCGUCAAGCUCAGACACAAGUCCCUGGAGGACCGGCUGGAGCUGUGCCUGCUGGAGCUAAAGAAACUGUGUAUCCGAGAGGCUGAGCUGACGGGCCAGCUGUCCAAAGACUACCCCCUGCUGCCCGGAGAGAAGCCCCCGCAAAUACGCCGCCGCAUCGGGGCGGCCUUCCGACUGAACGCGGAGAGCAUCCUGCCACGGGGAGAGGACCCGGUGCUCAGCUCCUUGGAGGCUGAGCUGGCCCUGCAGCUCCAGAUCUACGAGGCGGCCAGGAGGCUGUCCCUGGAGGAGCACCACAGCAAGCCGGUGAAGAGGAGCCGGCAGCAGCAGUACAAGAGGGAGGAGAGGAAGGUGAAGGAGUUGCAGGAGGCCGUGUACCAGCGCCGGCUGAGACUGGUCCACGGCUCACCACGCCCGGGCCUCGCCGCCGGACACAAAGACGUUGCUGCCUCUGACGACAGCUCCCUAUCGGACUCCGCAGUCCUGGAUGAUGAAGAGGCACCCAGCCAGUCCGCACCGCCGACCUCAGACCCUGUCCACACGCCGGCUUCCCUCCCCCCGCCUCAGGCCUCACCGUUACCGUCUCACCGAAGCCCCCGGAGGACCCCCCCACAGACCCUGGACGGCCUGCGGCCGGGCUACAGCCCCAGCCUAGAGUACGAACGCUCCCCCAUCCAGAACACGCCCUGGAAGGAGUCCAGCCUGGACCAGCCCUACGAGAAGCCCAGGAAGACGCUCUCCGCCUGCAGCAGCCAGUCCAGUAGCCCCGCUGUCACCCCAGUAUCGACGCCAGUGGACCCCCGGCUGGGCGAAGCGGCUCUUCCCUUCCACUUCGUGCCCGUCAAGACCCUGGCACUGCGCCACGUCCACUCCAACAGCGCCCCCUCCACUCCUGAGCUGCCGGGGCGGCGCCAGCACUCCCAGUCCUUCAGGGUUCCUACCAAUGAUGUGCCCCAAGAUCCCAACCAAAUGAGAGGACGUGCCAGGUUACCUGCCAGGAGGCUUACCAGUUUCACUGUGCCUUCACCAGAGUGUUCGCCUCUGCCGAUGACUGUGGGCAAGCCACUGUACCAGUCCAGCUCCGAGGACAGCAGUUCGGAGCAGUCCGUGCCCUCUUAUGCCAGUUCUCCUCACCGCGAGGUUGUUUCUGAGCAGGCCAGGCCCUGCCCCCCUCCUUAUCCUGGAACCAGCAACUACUAUGUCAGCCAACACAAUGGGCAUCCCAGUGGGCAUUACAGUGGGCAGCCCAACGGGAACUAUGGCAUACACCCUGCUUUUAAUGGCCAGACCUUUUACAGGAACCCACAGCAUGUGUCCUCGCCCAAUUUCUACCGGGGGUAUGUUGAGGAUGGGCCAUACUUACCUGCCGAGAUAGACAUGGGCAGACUUUAUCUGGGUCCUCCAGUGCCCCACCACUGGGACCCCCGAGAGUUCUGGUACGAGGAGGUCACGCCCCAGGCUCAGCGGGUGCUCAGGCCCCUGCCUGCCCACGUCCGGCUGAGCCGCGCCCCUUCUCUUAAGGAGCACCCGCGCCGCGCCAGCCCCGGCUGCGCGCUGCCCCGCGAGGUGGUGUCCGAGGAACUCAAGUCCUGGCACGAGCGCAGCCAGUUCAGGGGCGCGCGGCCCCGCUCCCUGGACCGGCAGGGGGCGGUCCGCAUGAGGAGCGUACCGGGGAGGGAGUCCCCGCUGUCCCGGCAAAACACCUUCCGCCAGCAGAACUGGCCCAUUUUUGGCAGGGAUUUCGUACCGGGCCUGUCACAUCACGAAGGCGCUUCAGAUCCUGCAGGGCUGGGCUGAACCCUUUCUCUGACUUGUGGGUGGACAAGAAAGAAGAAUUUUCUGCUGUUUUGUUCAGUUUCAGUUUGGUUUUCCCCAUUUAUUUCCAACAAGUGAAAUUAGCUAGGAAAGUUUAUUUGUGACAAAGACCAUAUUGCCUAACUAGAAUGAAAACCCCAUCUCCUGUGUAGGCUGGAUGGCUUUUAGCAAUGCUGCCUAUGUAGGUGGAUCAGGUUAACUUGCCUGUUUUCUGUUCUAUAUGACUGCCUGUUGAUUUAACAGUAUCAUCGCCCUAUACACAAAGCAGAUUUUAAAGAAAACAGUGCUUUCCAAUUUGUUUCUAGCACAAGAAUAAAAAAGGUAUAUAGAAAUAAAAGCGGAUUUAAAAGAAAAUUGAAUAUUCCAAGAAACCUAUUUUUGGAAACCCUUGCUAUUACCAAUAGCUAAACAAAUGUUUGCUGUACAAUGCACAGGUUAUUCAGUGGUACAGUGGUGUACAUUAAAGGUGAAUAAGAGACUAGCGCUUUGUGAGCUAUUCAUUGUCAGUCCUAACACAUUUCUCACCUUAUUAAAGUAUUGACGCUGUCAGUUAUGGCCUGUGUGGUAUGUAGCUUUUGUUACCGAGAAAGCAAAGGGGAUUUUUUUAAUUAAGCUCUCUAGCUUUGAAGGCUGUCCAGCAGUGUUCCUCAGGUGUGACAGCUAUGGGUGGCCAAAAUUUAGACCUGCUAGCUGAAGGGAUGUGCUAUUCCACUCUGACAGAAAUCAACACGGGAUCAGGGAUCAAAGUAGUUUGUUGCAGGUGGAGAUUAAGCCAAUGCUGUGAACAAGUCUUAUGUAAGGGGUGCUGGAAGGCACAGUGACAGCUUUUAAACUCAUCGGUUCAUCCACUGAAAGCUGAAUAUACUGCAUGAUGGCCAAGAGCAGAGCAACGAACUUCUCAGAUGCAUAUGGACCCCUUUCAGAUGUCCUGAAGAGAAUUAGAAAUUGGGCUGCAUGGUGGUGCAGUGUUGAUCAUUGCAGCUUUGCAGUGCUUGGACCCUGGGAUCAAUUCCACAGCUGUCUGUGCUGUCUGUGUUGAGUUUGUA